AUGCACUCUCGCUCCCUGGUCUCUGGUCUCCCCAGGUCUCUGCCUGCCCUCCCUCCCUCGCCUGCGCCGCCCUGCAUUCCUUGCGUCGAGGGGCGGCAACGCGCUGCUCCUCACUCCUCCUCGUUUCCUCCCACAGAGGCUCCACUGCAGACGCUCCACCUGGACGUGUGGGGCCCAGCCCGCGUCCAGGGACAGGGCCACGAGCGGUACUUCCUGCUGGUUGUCGACGACUACAUGCGUUACACCACGGUCUUCCCCUUGCGGACCAAGGCGGAUGUCCCUGCUGUUUUGAUCCCCUGGAUCCGCGCUGUUCGUCUCCAGCUCCGCGAGCGGUUCCGGUCGGACUUUCCUGUCCUGCGUCUGCACUCUGACAGAGGUGGUGAGUUCUCCUCCGACCUCUUGGCAGCCUACUGUGCGGAGCACGGCAUCACCCAGUCGUUCACGCUUCCGGCCUCUCCGCAGCAGAAUGGGGUUGCUGAGCGCCGCAUUGGCUUAGUCAUGGAGGUCGCUCGUACCUCCAUGAUCCAUGCGGCUGCCCCCCAUUUUCUGUGGCCGUUUGCGGUCCGGUACGCCGCGCAUCAGCUCAACCUUUGGCCCCGUGUCUCCUUGCCGGAGACCUCGCCCACACUGCUGUGGACGGGGAAGGUUGGCGAUGCGUCGCGUUUCCGGGUCUGGGGUGCUCGUGCCUUUGUCCGCGAUACCACCGCGGACAAGCUCUCCGCCCGCGCUGUUCCCUGUGUCUUCCUUGGCUUUGUCCCUGACGCGCCUGGUUGGCAGUUUUACCACCCCGCCUCGCGCCGUGUCUUUGCGUCUCAGGACGUCACGUUCGACGAGUCGGUUCCCUUUUACCGUCUCUUCCCCUACCGCACUGCCUCGCUCCCCCCCCCGCCGCUCUUCCUCGCUCCAGGUGCUCCCCAGGUAGACCCCCUCCCCGCUCCCGGUCCUGCUCCUUCAGCCUAG